AGCCCACAUGGAAGUUGUGUAAAAAGAGGAAGCCACGUUGACACCAAAAAGUGGUGUUUUCUGUUUUACCGUAGCCCCGGGACGUAACGGUCACGUCGACAGCCUCCACCUGUCAACUCGGGGAUUUCAGCCCGAACAUCUACGUACAGAAACAGCACAUCAUCUGACAGGAUGAGCGUUGGAUUCAUUGGAGCGGGCCAGCUGGCUCAUGCACUGGUUAAGGGCUUCACUGCUGCAGGUGUGAUCGCUACACAGAGGAUCACAGCCAGCUCUCCAGACACGGAUCUUCCCACAGUGUCGGGCCUCAGGAAAAUGGGGGUGAACCUGACGACUAGCAACAAAGAGACGGUCAGCAAGAGUGACGUGCUCUUUUUGGCUGUGAAGCCUCACAUUAUCCCCUUCGUUCUGGAUGAGAUUGGACCAGACAUCGAGGACCGCCACCUCAUAGUCUCCUGUGCUGCAGGUGUCACCAUCAGCUCCAUAGAGAAGAAACUGCUUCAGUACCGAGCAGCUCCAAAAGUCAUGAGGUGCAUGACAAAUACUCCAGUGGUGGUGAAAGAGGGGGCUACAGUAUACGCCACUGGGACACAUGCGGAGGUGGAGGAUGGGAAGUUACUGGAGCAGCUGAUGGCCAGUGUAGGUUACUGCACGGAGGUGGAGGAGGACCUCAUUGAUGCGGUCACUGGUCUGAGUGGCAGCGGACCUGCCUACGCGUUCACAGCUGUGGAUGCUCUUGCAGACGGAGGAGUGAAGAUGGGUCUGCCUCGGAGACUGGCUGUCAGACUCGGAGCCCAAGCCCUAUUGGGAGCAGCUAAGAUGCUGCUAGACUCGGAGCAGCAUCCCGGCCAGCUCAAAGACAACGUGUGUUCGCCAGGGGGCGCCACCAUCCACGCCCUGCACGUCCUGGAGAGCGGCGGCUUCCGCAGCCUCCUGAUCAACGCAGUGGAGGCUUCAUGCAUCAGGACACGGGAGCUUCAGUUCCUGGCAGACCAGGAGCGCAUCUCACCAGCGGCCAUUAAGAAAACCACGUUGGACAAAGUUCUCCAGCAGCCCGGAGUCACAGUCAGCGGUGUGGGCAAUGGAAACGGCAAAUCGGGACUCAGCUUGUUCAACAAUCGCACCUCUGGGAUCAAGAAGAAGAACUGAGUAGAGGGAGAGGCAUAAACAAACGCACGCAAACAUAUUACAGGUGUUAGUGUACCAGUGUGUACAUGGAUGGACAUACACACAUCUUCUACAGCUGAUCAACCAUUGAUUUAAAAACAACUCAGGAUGACUCUGAAAUGAAUCCAAAUCACAAAUUAUUUAUUCAGACUUGACAUUGAGAAAUUGGACCUGGUGGUGACUUCACCACAUCACACACACAAACUGGUGUAUUCAACACACACACACACACUGCUCACAAUUACAGCAUUAUGUUAUGACCGAGGAUGACUGUGUACACAUGCACAAAUCCAGAGACACACUGAAGACUAUAAGUGCAUUUACAAUCUGUCUGUGUUUGGGCUCUAGAGUCUCUAGGGCUGUUAACGGUAAUGACCCAGUGGACCAUCAUGAUCAUGGUACACACCAGGCAGCAGAUGCUGCUUGGGUAACAUCACGCUGUUAAUGUACGUCUUUAAUGUUUGUCUUUAAAAAAACAUUACAUGAUGUAAAUGAUCAUGUGUGAAUACCUAUUUUUGUUUGGCCAACAGUGCUUAACUGUUUAAAAAGACCUGACACGCAUCGAACAACAUUUUAAUACCCUUUUUUCACCUUUUAUAUUUGUCGACAUUAUGGUCUUUAGCGCAGUAAGGACAUUGUGUCUUUGGCCCUGUGACCUAGAACAUGUGUUUUUUUUUUUGUUUUUUUUCUCGCUAAUAUAAAGGUUUUUAAACACAGCUCUGAUGUCAGAUGUUGUGUAUCUUCAAAUCCAAAGGCCCUUACACCAUUUUCUGAUUAGGGUAAUCUAACUUCAUCUGAACCUGCUACAAGAAAGCUGGAAGCACCUACGCUGAAAAACACAUCUCAUACAGAUUCUGACGUAAAGGCACAAAGCCAGACAUCAGUCCGUCCUAACAAUGUAUUUUUUUAUGGUUCUGUUUGUUAUUAUUGUCAUAAUGUUACAUAUUAUAUAUUGUUUUGGUUUGGCAUAUCAGCUAUUAAAUUGGUAUGCAAAUCAAAAAGUUGAUAUUAAUAAAGAAGCAGCAUCAAAUACA